GUAACCGCUGUACCGCAGGAACCUCGGCAUCUCCAGCUCCACACCCACCACCAUCCACACCCCGGACCCCAGACUCACCUCACUCCCGACCCAUGAACCUGUGGUCCCCUCGGUCUCUCAACCUCGUCUUCUCCGGUGCCGAUGAGUUGCGAGAGACCGUUUUGAGAUCUUCCUGGAUACUUUUCCGUCAACCCACUCUCGUUCGAUUCCAGUAACGUCUUUGGAAUUUGCAUCGGCAUCGGCGCAUUAACUUACUCGGCCGCAAACCACCUUCGCCUCAUUCAACUCAAGUGAGACCCUCCGGCUCACAAGGCAUCGCCGCCAUGUCCUUCACCUCCGUCUUCCACGUCAAGGAGCACGUCCUCGACGGCUCCCACAUCCGCGAAUUCCCUCGCGCCCUCUCGCGCUCCCAGGACGACGUCCUGAAGCUAGCCGUCAAGGAAUACAUCCCCAAGGACAACCCGAACCCCAAGCCUGGCGAUGUCACCAUCAUCGGCGCCCACGCCAACGGCUUUCCCAAGGAACUCUACGAGGCCCUCUGGCAGGAUCUCCACGCCGAGUCCCUCAAGCCGUCCUCAACCUUCCGCAUCCGCUCCAUCAUCAUCGCCGACGCCGCCUGGCAGGGCGCCUCGGCCGUCCUCAAUGAGCCCCUCCUCGGCAACGACCCGGGCUGGCUCGAUCAUCCGCGUGACCUCCUCCACCUCAUCAACACCCUGCGCCCGCCCCGGCCCCUCGUCGGCCUCGGCCACUCCUUCGGCGGCAACGCCAUCGUCAACGUUGCCCUCAUCCACCCCCGUCUCUUCUCCGCCGUCGUCCUCCUCGAUCCCGUCAUCUCCAAGUGGUCCUCGAACGCGAAAGGCACCAUCGAGUCCUCCCCAGCCGCCGCCUCCGCCCGCCGCCGCGACCUCUGGCCCUCCCGCGCCGCAGCCCGCGCCGCUUUUCUCAAGAGCCCCUUCUACCGUGCCUGGGACCCCCGCGUCUUCGACGCCUGGCUCCACCACGGUCUGCGCGAACUGCCCACCCAGCUGUACCCGACCGUCAGCCCCGAAGCCGCCGCCGCCACCGCCACCACCUCGGAAAAGGACCGUGCCGUGACGCUGGCCACUACCAAGCAUCAGGAGGUCUUCACCUACUUCCGCCCCAGCUGGGACGCCUACGACGCUGCCGGCCGCGAGCUCGUGCGCCCGGACCUCGUCCCGGACAUCGACCCUGGUCUCAACGAGGGCUACUUCACCUUCCCCGUCUACCGCUCCGAGGGCGCCAGCACCCUCGCCCGCCUGCCCCAACUGCGCCCGCGCGUGCUCUACGUCUUCGGCGGCGACAGCGACCUCUCCACCCCGGAUCUGCGGGAGGAGAAGAUGCGACUGACGGGCACCGGCGUCGGCGGCAGCGGCGGCGCCGCCCGGGGUAAGGUGAGGGAGGUCACGCUGCCCGGCGCCGGCCACCUGUUCCCCAUGGAGGUGCCGGGCACGAGCGCCGAGUUGAGCGCCGGGUGGAUCGAAGAGGCGCUGGCCGACUGGCGCGCCGAGCAGGCCGACUACGAGCGCUGGACGAGACUGAGCGUGGCCGAGAAGACGACGCUGACGGACGAGUGGAUCAAGAGGCUCGGCGGCUCGGCGAGGCCGCCCAAGGCCAAGGCCAAGAUAUAGAUAAAUAGGAUGGAUUCCUGUCACGGGGCGACGACGACAAAUGGGUCGGAAUAUAUACAUGUGUAGAAGGAAGAGAGCUGCGAACGUGUGCGACCGAUUUCUGGGACAUCUUUGGAGAGUCGGGACGUGCUAGAGAAGACCUAGAUGUAGACCUUACAUGUACACCAAGAAAGCCGGCGUAUCAUA